CGAGCCGACGAGGCGGUUGGCAGGGCGGGGUGCGGCGAGAGAAGGGAGAGAGAGAGAGAGAUAGAGGGGGUGGAUUAUGUCGCCGGCGCCGGCGUCUCUGCUGCUCCUGUUGCUGCUGGGCGCCGCCGCGCACGUGCCAGGUGCGCUGGGGCUGCGCUGCUACGUGUGCGUGCCGCGCGGCGAGCCGGACGCGGCCGACGUGCUGCACGUGUUCCCCGGGUUCCCGGCGCGCCUCGCCUGCGAGCACUUCGCGGCCGGCGAGCAGGGCUACCAGCGGGACUGCCCGCGCAACUACACCAGCUGCUCCACCGUCACGGACGGCGGCAAGGUGAUGCGCACGUGCAGCGACCUGCCCGUCAGCGACUGCAAGAUGGCCAACGGGGUGGAGUACUGCUACUGCAAGGAGCCCCUGUGCAACGGGGCGGCGCCCGCCACCUCGUCCGCCGCCAGGGCUCCGCCGCCGCCCCCCAGCGACGACGAGGACCUGGAGGGCAGCGGCGGCGGGGCCGCCCCCGAGCACCGGCCGCCCGCCAAAGCCGCGCCGCCGCCCCCGACCACCCCGGCCGCCCCCGCGAGCGGCGGCGGCUCCCCGCUGCACAGGAGCGUCACGCUGGCGGCGCUACUGCUGGCGGCCCCCCUCUGGGCGCGCUGAGCCUCCCCCCCCCCUCAUCACCGCCCUCCUGUCCGAUUCUCAACCAUUCCGCGCAGUCGGGUUCCGAGGCGAGCACACACCCUCCACACUGGUCACUUCUCACAGCGGCCCUUCACACGCGCACAAUCCUGCAACACGUGUUUCCUACACAUCCAGCCACGCCAUAAGCCUGAACCAACUGCACACGAACACAGUUCCGGAAGACCCCCUCAAAAUAAUCACCCGCGCCUUGGAAGAGGGCAGAUUUCCGUUUUAAAAAUUUCAGCUUUUUAAGAAACGCGUUAAAAAAAAAAAAAAUUCCAGUGCGAAGGGUGUCUGACACUCUCCAAGUCGAAUAACGUGAACUGCAAGGGAUGUCACGGGAGGGAGCGAGGGUAAAAUGUGAAGUCUGGCGUACUCGCGAGCACGUCUCGGCAGGUCUGCUCGCCGCCUGCUCUACAGCUGGGUCGAAGGAUGGGAUGUGUAUGUACAUAGCGUUGAAAAGUACAAACGUGGUUUUACGAUGUGUUUAAGGGCAGGUACGUGCAAGUUCAAUAUAAAGACUGUACCAGCUGGAAUGGUUUACAAUUAGACAUGGGACUUCUUGUGGAAAAUAUCUCAAGAAGCCCUUGAUGUGUGACUGUUUAGUUAAACCAAUCUGCAUGAAUAUAGCAGUGUAAAUGUUUAUAAUUUUGGGUGUACAAUUAUUUUUAUUGAUCUACAUUGAUUGAAUUUUUUUUGUAAACACACUUGUACGUACAUUUUAUUUCCUAUUGCUUAUUAUGUUGUAUAAAAAAAAAGCAAUUCUAAAGCUAUGUUACAAUCAGCACAAUUUGUACAUAAGAUGGUCAUUCAUAACUUACAUUUGUAAUUUGCAUUUUGCAUGUUUUCUAAUUAAAAGCUUAAAAUUUACCAACUCCAAAAAAAAAAAAAAACUAAUGUUUACCAUAAAAAAGCUAUUCCAAAAAAAAAAAAGGUACACUAAUAUGUAUGCAGUUGUUAAAUGUGUGUACUUUAGUUGUAACCAAAGUUGUAAUAUUUUAUGAUUUAUUUUAAUCAGUUUCAGCUGUUAAAAUGAAUCAAUGACUUUUAUAAAUCUAAAGGAAAUAAAAGAAAAUGUUUUAGAUGUAUUUGAAUUUAUGUUGAGCUCUAACUGUACUGCUAUUCACCAGAUAAAGAUCGAAAAGUGACAUUUGAAGUGUUCCAGUAGAAAGCUUACAAAAUGAAAAUCACAAAUUGUAAACUAAUUGGAAUAU